AUGCUUAUCUGGAGAAAAUCACCACCUCAAACUGGAAAAUAUCGAUGGUUGAUGACGUUCACGGCGUGUUUCGAAAUAUUCUGGGGAGCGUUUGAUCUACCGGCGGAUAUUAUCGCCCAUUCCGUUGGCUGUGCAUUCAUCACAUUCCGUAUAAACACCCCUGACUCCCUUCUGGAUCCAGAACACUCCUCAUGGGUCGUUUUGACCUACACUGCUAUUUUCGGAGCGUCAAUGGCAGUUUUCGCCGCGCAUUUUGUUUAUCGAUUUGGGUCGAUUGAAGUUUUCUGGUGGGCCGCCGUGGUGAGAAUUUGGUUUUGGAAGAAUCCGGAUAUGGAUGAAUAUACAAGGGACGUGAUAAAUCGAACCGUCGGACAGCCCAUCGAAAAUAUCAGUUAUAUCGGAACGAAAUUUUAUAAUUUUGGGGAGAAUGGGACGAUGAGUUUCAAUAUACCCGCGUGGAUUGGAGUGUGUCAGAUGUGGUUCAUGGUGGGAACCUCCAUCAUCUGCGUUUUUGGCUUCGGAACCCUCUGCUACCUGCGUCUCUCCACAACUCUAUCCAUCGUAUCGUCAGCUGCAAAUAACCUCCAAAAACAACUAUUCUACUCAUUAGUCCUCCAGACCCUCAUCCCCCUUGUCCUCAUGCAUUUCCCAAUCACUAUAUUCUUUUUGUGUCCGAUGCUUAACCUGGACACUGACUUCGCUACAGCGUUUAUUCUCAUCACUAUCACUCUGUACCCUACGGUGGAUCCGUUACCAAGUUUUGUGAUAAUCAAAAGCUAUCGUGAAGCGGUUUUCGACGUUUUCCGAGCGGUUCUAUGUCUGAAAAACGGGAGUUCGCAGCAGGGAGCGGUAGGUCAUAGUAUGGUCUCGAUGAAAUCUGUUAAAUGGAGUCCCUCAUAA